AUGUCCGACUCGCUCGUGCCCGACACCCGGGUGCUUGCAGUUGCCAGCCAUGUUGUCUAUGGACAUGUCGGCAACUCCAUGGCGACCUUCGUGAUGCAGUCCCUGGGCUGCGAGGUCGCUGCCAUAAACACCGUCCAUUUCAGCAACCACACGGGAUACCGCCAGUUCAAGGGCACACGGGCCACCGCGGCCGAGAUUACGGAUCUCUACGCCGGCCUGUGCCAGAGUAACCUAACCGAUUUCGACGUGAUGCUGUCGGGAUAUGCACCUAGCGCGGCCGCGGUGGAAGCAGUCGGCGCCAUUGGCAUCGAUCUGCAGCAAAAGGCCAAGCAGAAGCCCGGAUCCUUCUUCUGGGUGCUGGACCCCGUGAUGGGCGACCAGGGCCGGUUGUAUGUCAGUGAUGAUGUAGUCCCGGCCUACAAGCAGGUCAUCAAGCAUGCAGAUCUCAUCCUUCCCAACCAAUUCGAGGCAGAAGUCCUCUCCGGUGUGAAGAUCACCUCCCUGGCCACUCUGGCCGAGGCCAUCACCGCCAUCCACCGCAUCUACUCUGUACCCCAUGUCAUCAUCACCUCCGUCCAGCUCUUCAAGCUCUCACAGUCCGGAUCCACGCCGAGUCCACCAGAGAAUUUCCUCACCGUGAUCGGAUCCACAACGCGCUCCAAUGGCUCCCCACGUCUCUUCCGCAUCGACGUCCCCGCCCUGGACUGCUUCUUCAGCGGCACGGGCGACAUGUUCGCCGCCCUGAUGGUCGCACGACUGCGUGAGGCCGUCACCGCCGCCGGCGAUCGCGUCCGCACCGCCCCAUCCUGGGUAUCCCCCGACACCGUGCCGGCCACGGAUCUGCCCCUGGCGCAUGCCACCGUCAAGGUGUUGGCAAGCAUGCACAGCGUGCUCGAGCGGACGCUGCAGGCGCGCAAUGCCGAGUUGGUCGCAUCCGCACCGCAAAAUGGCGCGGGGAGCCCCGACGAAGCGAAGCAGGAGCAUCUGCGUCGAACCAAAGCGGCAGAGGUCCGGCUGGUCCGGAACGCACAGUUCCUGCGCGACCCGCAGGUGGGGUUUGCGGUGCAGGAAUGGAGCAAGGAAGACUUGCCGGCCCAGCUGCAAUAA